AUGCAUACCGGUCCUUCCGGUCUCGCCUUCAGUUCCAAGUCAGGAAAGGCCUCUGAAUUGCUUCGGCUCGACUUCUCUAACGGAACCACCCGCAGCACGGAGGCAGCCAAAGAGGCAGACGGAAGAUUUUGGCGAAAACCGGCGACUUGGAAGAUCGAGACGCUGAAUUAUACAGGCAGUUUACACGUUCGGUCAACGCUGGAUGCCUUGAACAGCAACAGCCGAAGCCGUCGAUUUGCGCCACUUUCCACCUGGAUAUUAAAGAGGAAAAUGAAUAAAGCAAAGGAGGCUUGCAGGAAUCUAACUGAGGAACUGCGCAACCAGGCUCAGACUCUGCUCAAAACGGUUAUUAAGACCCGCAACCGUCUAUUUUCCCUAGCUUCCUGGUUGAGUCGUCCAGCGGUUCAGUCGGGCAUUAAGCCUUCUGGCCAGGGCAAAAACAGACGCUUCCAUCAGACCAUCUUCAAAGCCCUAAAUAACGUCGUGAAUACUACCUACCAGGUGGUCGCAGCUGAACGGCGGAAGAAUAGGUUAGCAGCUGAAGGAAGGCAUCGAGAGCCAAGCAUUUCCAUCUCGACCGCAUGGACGCGCCGACAAAAGAGUUCAUUUGAGGAACACAUACGCACCAGGGCUGAAGUGUCAGGUCUGCUUUAUGAGCUGAGUAGGGAGCGGCGAGUGGCUGUCUUUGACUUCUACCGAACUGUGCGGAGUCGGUUGAACUGGCCCGAGGAGCGACAGAGAGCUUGGCUGAUAAACGGUACACUGCCUGCCUUGAUUGAGGAACUGCGUACACCCCGUUUACAGGGCAGAGAUUUUGUGGAUGAAAAGCUGUACGCCGCCCAGCACUAUUUGCGAAAUUUUAUUCGGCUGAAUAAAGACACGAUUAAACUGCCGAUUGGGGAAGCCUAUGAUAUUCUUGUGAAUCGCACUAUGACGGUUAUCCAGGAGGAUGAGUCUCCUAGAGAUGGCAGCGACCGUUAUACGCUCUGGUGCGAGUUUAUGGACUAUGGUGGUUGA